AGACUCGGUUUAAGGUGAGGUGCCGCUAGUUUGUCAGGAAAAAAUUGCGCUCAGCGAAAUUUUGCUACCAGGAGGGAAGAGGAUAAGAAUUUGCCAGCUGUUCCAGACACACGGAGGAGGUUGGAAAGAAAGGCCUAACCUAUAGACAGAGCUAGAGCUCUAUUUUUGGACAAUCAAGGAUGCUCUGGAAGAUGUUGCUGCUGCUCUUGCUAUAUUAUAAUGCUCAUGCCACUGUGCCCCCCAGGUGGAACCGAGCUACACUUUUCCCAUCAGCUCAGCGAGUGAAGAGAUCCUCGGCAGCUCUUCUCAACCCAGUGCUUCAGAAGUCUCAGGAUGAUGUGGACCUUCUGUUUGAGUUUCUCCUAAGUGAACUCGACAUCAACAAUGACCUGAAGAUUUCUGUCAGAGAUGAGGAGCUGGCUUCAAUGAGGAAGGUGACGGCAUUUGACACUCUCUGCAAUGAUGUUAUCCCCAAAAGCAUCACAGAUAUUCGCAGGCUGAAUGCCAGGCUGUCAGGCCAUCCUGGGAUGCUAAAGAAAGAAGAUUUUGAAAGGACAGUGUUGACCAUGGUUUACACUGCAUAUAGGGCAGCUCAGUCCCAAGGUCACCAGAAAGACACCUGGGCUGAAUCCUUUGUGAAUCUCUACAAGGCCUUGAAGCAUGACUUGAUGUUCUCAUCCAGCCAGACACCAUCGUCUCAAAGGACUUUAUAGACCAGAAAUUUACUUUGAUAAGAAGCACAUCAACCUCUUUGCUUUUUUAAAAAAGAAACUUUGGUCCUGCAGGCAUGGAGGAUUCUUUAUUCUCUAGCUCCUCCUAGAGGGUACCUGUUGGAAAAUCUUCUCCAUGCAAAAGGCUGAUUAGAAACACUUCUGAAAUUUCUCCUCCUCUGAAUUCCUCUCUGGAUUUUGGAGUUUCGAAUUUCCUGUUCUUGUUUCUGAAAUUGGCCAAAUGAGUUAAUAUCCUCCCUUGAUCUGUUUUUUUUAAUCCACAUUUUGUAUAAAGCACACAGUGAUCGCAUGGUUUUUCACAGCUUUUUGCAGAGAUGAGUAGGUUCUCCAAAGCUCUGUUCAGAUUAAUUUGGAAAUGAGUGGAGUUUUCCCAGAAAGAAAAAUCAAAAGCCUUACAUCAUGUUUUUUUUCUGAGCCAGUCUGAAGACUCAAAACAUUUGCGCCCAUCCCUAUUAGCCUGCUGUCUCUAAAAUCCCUCCUUGCUAGCUGAAGCCAACCCAUCCAAACAUACCCCCAUUUCCUUUUCUCUCCUGCCCUGUCCUUACUCACAUACUACUAGCAUGCAGGGCACUCAUGUGUUGAAGCAGAAGUGGAGUUGCACGGCUGGCCCUGCUCUUAAAGUCACAUCCCAGACUAGCCCUGAACCCCCAGAGGUGCAUGCAUUCAGUGCAGAGAUCUGAAAAGGACCCCUUAUGCAUGAGCAGCUGAUUGUGCAAAGGAGGAUUCAUGUGACUGGGAUAUCUGUUUUUGUGAGGGUUGUGCGAAGCUGUAGUCCUGGAAUGUGGUGUUGGGAGUGGGGUCAUCAGUGCAGCUCAGUCCGUUUUAACAUCAUAUGAAUGUCCUACACUUUAGUAUCACAGGGAUAGGGAAAGGGGAGAAAUUCUAUUCAGUUCACAUUAAAAGACAAAUUUAUAAAAUUUGCACUUCCUGAAACAAUAUGAGAACCGAAACCCAGUCAUCCUUCAUAAUUCGUACUAAUCUGAAUUUUGCGAUGCAGUUAUCCAAAGCAAUGUUUACAAAAAAUACAUAUAUUAGGGGAAAAUGUGCAUAAAAAUGAAUAUACUGGUGGAAAUAAUAUACCAAAGAAGGCAAUAUAUUAGGAAAAACUGUUUACAAAAAUGUGUACAUCAAUCAAAACUGCAUACAAACAUGUGUUUAUUAGAAGAAAUUCAUGCCAAAAUGCUUUUUUAAGACUUUUUUUUUUAAAAAAAAUCACAAAUUACUGGAGAAAUGUGGAGAACUGAAUUUAAAAUUGGGGAAAAAUGAGAAACUGAGAACCAAAAUUGACAGAUUUUUCCAUCCAUAUACAAGAACGGGAAUUCUGUCAUCGUGAUGCACUAGGUAACAGCAUACCAGCCAUAAUACCCAGGGAGACAUGGCAGCAGCAGGGAGACAUGGGAGAACUGCUACAAUUGCACUGGGAAAUCAGGGUGUUUUGGUAUAGUGGUUUUCUAAUUAAGCCAGCAUUUAUUGAUCUCUCUGUAUGGCUUAUUACUUUUGUUUUUUCCAGUAUGUUUGUACAUUUUUCAAAAAGAGUAAAGGGCUGGACAGCUUUCUCUCAGGAAUGAAAUAGAGAAUAUGCUGUAAUGCAUAUUAACCUUUAGGAACAAGUUACCUACCACUAGGAAUGGGGGAUAAAUAUAAGUUUACUGUAAACCUACCUAGUUCACACUUUCUGAAACAAUACACCAGGGGGAGCCAACUUGGUGCCCCCCCGAUAUUGCUGAAUUCCAGCUCCCAUAAUUCCUGAUCAUUGGCCAUGCUGGCUGGGGCUGAUGGGAACUGAAGUUUAACCACAUCUGGAGGGCACUGCAUUGGCUACCCCUGCAACACACAAACUGAAAUACAGUUAUCCUUCCAAACUUGCACUUCUCCACAUUUUGUGAUGCAAUUCUCCAACCAACCAAUGUGUACAAAAUUCAUAUAUUGGGGAAAGUGUGCAUAAAAAUGCAUAUACUGGAAGCAUAGCAUACACAAUGCAUUAUGGUGGGGGAAAUUGCUUGAAAAAU